UUUGAUUUUUAAAAGGUCUGAUUUCGCAGAAGGAAACUUCGGGCUUCCCCGGAGGUCUCCCUUGACUCGACACAUCUUCUAACCGCAAGAGAGCAGUCUUCGCUUUGAUGAGCUCUUCUUCUCCACCUCCCCAGAAAUGAAAGAGCAGGCGUAUGUUUGCAAACACCCAGAAAGCUCUCUCUAUCAGACCUGAACGCGGAAACCACAAAGGGCAGUCAAGUUUGGAUUUUCAAGGAGAAAGCCGGAGUAAACUUUCUCUCGGCAGGCCAGCCGAUCUGCAAGUGCCUGGGAGGGGCCCUGCUCAAUUCCUGGCUCCCCAGAGCCACACUUGCUAACCCAAGAGUGAAUUACAGCAAUUGGGCAGCUUUGAAAGAUUAAUCUGUUUGGGGUGCGAUCGUCUAUUCAGGCCGGGGACCCUUUGUUAACUUUUGAACUAAGAUCGGAGGAAACACAAGGGUACAAGCGUGGAUGAGGUGCGUCCUCUAUCUUUGUUUGCCCUUUCUGCUCUGAAGUUUUAACAAGACCCGAGGAAAACAACGAGCUUCGGAAAGCAUGCGAAGCUCCCUCCAAGUGUGUUCAGGUACCUAGCUUCUGGACCUAGAAACUUCUCCAAAGACAGACCGGGGAAGUCUGGAUGGACCAGCGUCUCGGCCACAAAAGCUUCAAGUCUCGUCUUCCUGCUGAGAGAGUCAUCUCUUGGGUGAUCUGCGCACUUGUCGGCGGAGGAUGGAGAAACGCAAACCGGCGGGACUGCUGGCUCUGCCGUGCCCGCUACGGACGCCGCCGCCGCCGCCGCUGGGCGCGCUGGCCCGGAGGGAGCCGGGCCGGACCUCCGCGUGCCAGGACGCCGAGGACAGCGCGCGGGGACGGCCGUGCCCGCCCUUGUCGCUGGGGGGCGUCGGCGAGCCCGCCUUUCUGCGCCAGCGCAACGAGCGCGAGCGGCAGCGCGUGCGCUGCGUGAACGACGGCUACGCGCGCCUCCGCCAGCACCUGCCGCGCGAGCUGGCGGGCCAGCGGCUCAGCAAGGUGGAGACGCUGCGCGCCGCCAUCAGCUACAUCAGGCACCUGCAGGAGCUGCUGGAGCGCCACAGGCGGGACUGCAACAGCGACGGCGAGUCCAAAGCGUCCUCGGGGGCCUCGCCCUGCAGCGAGCCGGAGGAGCGCGCCUAGCAGCGCCCUCGCCCGCCAGGUUUCAUGGUAACCCGUUUCUUCUCUGGGCCCGCAUCUUAAGAAUUAAGUGCUUCUGGAGUGGAGGAAAGGGUAUUUUAAUGUUUGGAGACCUCUCCACCAUCUUUGGUUCCGAACCGCAACUUACAAAUGCUUGAGGAAACUUGUUACUUACAAAUGCUUGAGGAACUCUUGUGAAGCACAGAAGGACCGUCCCAGGGCUGUAACAAUUAAACCUUAGCCAGAGAAGAAACACACACACACACACACACACACACACACACACACACACACACACACACACACACACACGGCAGUCCUUCAUGUGAGAGGAACGUUCUCGCGCAUUCUGUGGGUGAAGGUAGCUGAGCUGACACUGUAACACCUAAGUGGAGCAUCUGCUAGACCUGAACAUAGGCUUGCCGACUGAAUGGCCACGUUAAAAAGGACAUUCUUGCUUGGUACAUACUGCUUCGUCGGCAAGAAGUCAUUUGGAAACUUGAGCAGGUAAUAAAGUGUCACGAUGUGAAUGA